ACUAAAAACCCUAGAGUCGGGGAUCAAUAUACUUGUUGGAUUUGUUAGGGGAAAAGGAAACCCUCAGCAGUCGAACCCCGAAAACACCAACUAAAAAUAUCAACAAAAAUGGUGGCCGGCAAGAAAACGAAGAAGACCCAUGAAAGCAUCAACAACAGGCUGGCUCUCGUUAUGAAGAGUGGAAAAUACACUCUUGGUUAUAAAACAGUGCUUAAAUCUCUUAGGACCUCCAAAGGGAAGCUGAUUCUUAUUUCGAAUAAUUGUCCACCGCUGAGGAAAUCUGAGAUUGAGUACUAUGCCAUGCUUUGUAAAGUUGGGGUGCAUCAUUAUAAUGGAAACAAUAAUGAUCUUGGAACUGCUUGUGGCAAGUACUUCCGUGUAUCCUGCUUGAGUAUCAUCGAUCCAGGUGAUUCUGACAUCAUCAAGUCUCUACCUGGUGACAACUGAGUUGAUCAAGUUUAGCUUCUCUCAUUUGACAGUAGAAUGAUAUUUCUUUCUUAUUAUAUUGCUUCUCUUUGCACUCUUCCGCUUUUAAUAAUAUUUGAUACACGAUGGUUCUUUCUUAAUGUUGUGGAUGAUCUAAGCCAAAAAUUGUAGCUUAAAAAUACCAAUUUUUGUUUAGUUAAUGAAGAUGCCGCUGGGUUUUCAUUAUAA